AUGGGAUCACCUGAAGUGAUAUUCAAGACGAGUGUUGUCUUCAGAGUUAACGACUUUCUUCCACUAAAAGAAGAGAAAGUUAAGAGCGAUAUCUUUGUUAUUGGAUCCGAUGAAUGCGAAGCACUUAUUAGGUGUGUGGACACCAAUUGUCUGACAUAUUUAGCAAUAUCUAUAAUAUGGAAAAGUUUGGAUCACAAAAGUGAUGGUCAAUACACGGCGUAUAUCAUAGACUCGGAGUCGACAAAAAUCAAUGAAUCCCUGUAUCCAAGACAUGAAGUGACGCCUAAUAGGCCUUUAAGUAUUGAAAACUUUGUCCAAUUCUCGCAAUUAAAGGAUCAAAAGGACAUAUAUUUGCCAAACAAUAUACUAACCAUUGGUUUUGAUGUCAUCACAUAUAAGACAAUUCCGUGGAUUCGCAAACAGAUGUUUGAUUUCAGUAUAUUUUUUAACAAUCACGAGAAGUAUGAUUACAGACUCGUUGUCCGCAAUAAAGAGUUCUUCGCCGCUAAAGUGGUUCUAAGCGGACGAUCGCAAGUGUUUCGCGAAAUGUUUGCCACAAAUAUGUGUGAUAUAACCGAUGGAGGCUUUCGUUAUGACUUCCACCCGGAAGUGUUUGAAGAGUUUCUUCGAUUCAUAUAUUUUAAUGAUUCAAACAAAUUGCAAAUAAUGGCUAAAGAUUUGCUUCCUUUGGCUCACGAAUACAAGAUCUCUGACUUGAAGAAUAUCUGCGAGAAUUUGCUUUAUUUGGCAAUUAAUCCGAAGAACGCAUUCCAUGUGUUGGAAGUGUUGACAACAUUUAGAUCUAAAGCACUGAUGAAAAAGAGCAUUGAAUUUAUCGGCGAAUAUGAAUGUCUUGAGAACGAGUGGUACAACACUAUCGGCAAACACGACACCGUUAUCUGCGAAUUGGUUCUGGACAUCGAUGGCCACCCAAUCAAACAGUCAUCCAUUAAACGAUUUGAGAAUUGGGAUUGUAGUCGAGUCAGACAUCCGGAUCUAUUGGAUCAAUUAGACACUGACUGUCGACUCGUUGUCAGAGAUAAAGAGUUCUUUGCCUCCAAAGCCAUUCUCAGCGUUCGGUCGGAAGUGUUUCGACAAAUGUUUACCACAAAUAUGUCGGAGAAGACAAAGAGUGAAGUGAUUAUCGAUGAUAUCGACGCCCAAGUGUUUGAAGAAUUUCUCCGAUUCUUAUAUACUUUCAAAUCAAACAAAUUGCAAGAAUUGACCGAAAAAUUGCUUUACGUCUCCGAGAAGUAUAUGGUUUUGGAUCUGAAGACUAUUUGCGAGAAUUAUGUUUACAUUACUCUAAAUCUGAAGAAUGCGUUCCAAGUGUUGGAAGUGUUGAAGAAAUACGGGAACAAAGAAUUGAUUGAAAAGACAAUUGAAUUCAUUGAUGUCUAUGGACUUCAAUGUCCUGACACUGAAUGUGAUAACCAUUUAGUCGAAGAAAACGCUUUUAUCACAAAAUUUUUUAGAGGGUUAGUGCUAGUGACCGGUGCCGCCGGUUAUAUUGGCUGCCAUUGUGUGCUCAGGCUAUUGACCGACGGCUAUCGGGUGGUGGCCGCAGACAACGGCUCCAACUCUGUGCUAAUCAACGGCCAAAAACUGCCCGAAAGUCUGCGACGGGUGGAAGUGUUGGCCCAAAAACCAGUCGAAGAGUUCAUUUUCGCCGACCUUUGCAAAGAUCACUGCAUGGAUCAGGUGUUCAACAGAUAUCAGUUCGACGGUGUCGUGCAUUUGGCGGCCAUGAAAGGCAUCCCUGAGUCCGUCGGCCGACCCCUCGACUACUAUAACAAUAACCUGAAAGCGUUGGUCAAUCUGUUGGACACAAUGAACAGGUUUGAUGUCCGCCAUCUGGUGUUCGGCUCUUCGGCCGCCGUUUACGGCAAACCCCGGUAUCUGCCGGUCGACGAGUCGCACCCCACCGGCCAAUCGCUGACCAGUCCUUACGCCAAGAGUGCUCACAUGUCUGAACAAAUACUGCAAGACUUGUGCGCCACCGAUGACAAUGAGUGGACAGUUGUCUCACUCCGCAUAUUCAACACAAGUGGCGCUCAUUCUUCGGCAGACAUCGGCGAACAUCCGCUAACUGUUCCCAAGAAUCUCAUGCCAUACGUAUCGCAAGUGGCAGCGGAUCUGAGGCCAGAGUUGCGCGUUUACGGCGGCGAUUACGACACCGUCGAUGGCACAGGUAUUAGGGAUUAUAUUCAUGUGGAAGACGUGUGCGAUGCCAUCGGUAUUGUCCUGAAGAAGAUGCUGUCCGACAAGUGGUCCAAAUGGUAUACGUUUAACGUCGGCAGCGGUUCCGCACAUUCUGUCCGUGAGAUUAUCGCCGCGUUUGAAUCGGUGUCUGGACUAACUGUACCCCAUGUGGUCACUGAUCGCCGGGUGGCAGACAUUGGCCAGUGUUGGGCCGAUAUAUCACUCGCUGAACAGAUACUCAAUUGGCGGCCGAAGAGAAAUAUUACAGAUAUUUGCCAAUCAGUUAUGAAUUGGCAGAAAAAGAAUAGAAAUGGCUUUGAUUUAAACAAUAAUAAUGUUUAA